AAAGGAGAAGGUAGUUCAACGGCAGCGACCCAGCCGCGGGUGAUUACUGAAUGUUUUUGUCUCGACCAACGCGUCCGGAUCAGAGGCUGACUGUGGGGAAAAAGCCCCUCUGAAGCGAAUGAAGAAGCAUCUAAUCUUUCACUUCACAUACAGAGGACUUCUAACGAAAGGAAAAAAGAGUAAAAGAAGAAAAUGGAGUAUAAAUUACGAAAAGCUGAACCCAGGGACGUGUCUGAUAUAUUACGACUGGUGAAGGAACUUGCGAAAUAUGAAGAGAUGGAGCACCAGGUGACACUGACUGAGAAAGAACUCCUUGAGGAUGGUUUCGGUGACACCCCGUUCUACCAUUGCAUUAUCGCUGAAAUCCAAGGAGAGAACAGCAGUGAUGGUCUGAAAGUGGUGGGCUUUGCCAUGUACUACUUUACUUAUGACCCGUGGGUUGGCAAACAGCUCUACCUGGAGGAUUUCUACGUGAUGGAGCCCUACAGAGGGCUGGGCAUUGGUUCGGAGCUGCUGCGCCAUCUCAGUGAUCUGGCGAUAAAGAUGCGCUGCACCGGCAUGAUGUUCAUCGUCGCGGAGAACAACGAGCCGUCCAUCCAGUUCUACAAGCGACGUGGCGCCGAGGAUCUCUCUCAGGAGGAAGGCUGGAGGCUCUUCAAGUUCAGCAAGAACAGCCUUGUCAAGAUGGCCACUCCACCUGAGGAAUGACAGAAGGCCAGCACAGAGGCAGAGGAGGAAACACGAGAGUCAGACCAGAAGGAGAGAGAUUAGCCUCUGAAUCUGACUCCUUGGCUUUUCUCUCCAUUCACGAGGUCUGAUUCAUACAAGUUCAGCUUAUAAAAAGGGGAAAUCUGUAUCACAGUAAUAUGAUUCUGUUUGUAGUUCAUCUUUAGUUUUGUCUGACACGUUGAAUGACUAACAAUAUGAUUAUUUUUAAUGUCAUUCAGUUCUUUCUCAGCACUCGCCUAACUUUUCAAUAAAAUAUCCAUAUUUUUUAGUUGGAAAAAAAAAAUCAUCUUGUGUUUUUGCCAAUUCAUAAUUCUGACAGACAGGGCUUUUACAGCGUGUAAGCACCAGUAAGAAGGUGGGAUGUCACUAAAAAUAAUCAUCUUAAUUUGAUGAUAAUGACUUCAAUUUGUGUGUGGGGUAGGCUUUCUAACGUUGAAUUGCAUUGCAGUGUGGUUUUACAACUUUACUCAGUACGCAGAAACUUUGAAAGCAGGUUAUUCAAAGUUGUUCCAAUGUAGAGUUUAUCACAGGCUUUUCAUUAUCUGUGUGGAGCCCCUCUGGGCUCUUAUAGUCAACACAAUAAAUGCAACUUGUCUUA